UCACAUUAACUGUUUGCUGUAACAUGUAUAUGACAUCUGUGCAACAUCUGCAUAAUAAUGUGACGUUGUACCAUGGUCAUAAAUGUAACGUGACAAAAAUGUAACAUUGGAAUGUCACUGAAACAUCAGAGCAACGAAGUGCGUUAUAUGACUUUAGGGUAUAGUAGUGCUGGGGAACGACUAACUAUGCGUUUAAGACAGCAGGCUUUCAGUAAUAUUUUAAGGCAAGACAUUAGUUGGUUUGAUGAUGAUCGACAUGCAACUGGAAAAAUUGCUACCAGGCUGGCUACUGAUGUUCCUAUGGUUAAAAGUGCUUCUGGACUUCGUAUUGGCACUGUGAUUUCAGCUUUUGUGACAUUAGCUGCUAGUCUAGCAAUAGCUUUUAUAUUUGGGUGGAAGCUUGCUGUAGCACUUUUGAUUGUUGUUCCUAUUCUGUUAGCAUCUGGUACUGUGCAAAUGAAAAUCCUUAAAGGAAAUCAGAAAAGAGAUGCGGAACUUAUGUCUGAUGCUGGAGAAGUUGCAUGUGAAGCUCUUGAAAAUAUCAGAACUGUUCAGAGCCUUACUCUAGAAGAAGUGUUUUUCACAAGAUAUGUGAGUCACCUCCUCCUUCCUUAUAUGGAAAGUAAAAGAAAUGCCAAAGUUUAUGCUGUAGCGUAUGCCUUUUCUCAAGCAAUAAUGUUUUUUACAUAUGCUGCUGCUUUUCGAAUGGGUGCUUAUUUAGUGGCUCGAAAUGAAAUGAUUCCAGUCAAUGUUUACAGAGUAUUUUUUGCCAUGGCAUUCAGUGCUGUCUCUGCAGGACAGUGGACAUCAUAUCUUCCUGAUUACACCAAAGCAAAACUGUCAGCUGGACUUGUUUUUCAUCUUAUUGGAAUUGUUCCAAAAAUUGACAUUACUAGCAAAGGAGGCUUCAAACCAGAAAUUAAAGGAAGUAUAAACUUUUCUGAUGUUCAAUUCCGUUACCCAAAUCGCAAAAAUGUGCUUGUUCUGCAAGGAAUUGACCUUGCCAUUGAAUCUGGCCAAACUCUUGCGCUAGUUGGACCUAGUGGCUGUGGUAAAAGUACAUUGCUUUCUCUUAUUCAGAGAUUUUAUGAUCCAGACUUGGGACAAGUGAUGAUUGAUGGGUUUGAUGUUAAGUGUCUGAAUCUCAAGUUUUUAAGAAGUCUAAUAGCUAUUGUCAGCCAAGAACCUGUUUUAUUCAAUUGUUCUAUAAAAGAAAAUAUAAUGUAUGCAAUAGAAGACAGUGUCAGCCAAACAGAUAUUGAAAAUGCUGCACAGGCUGCUAAUAUUCAUGACUUUAUAAUGCAGUUACCUCAAGGCUACAACACCAUUGUGGGUGAAAGAGGAACUCAACUUUCUGGUGGUCAAAAACAAAGAGUUGCUAUUGCUCGUGCAUUAAUCAGGAACCCUCAAAUACUUUUACUGGAUGAAGCAACAUCAGCUCUUGAUACUGAAAGUGAAAAAGUAUGUUCCAAAUUUUAGGAUAUAAAGAUAUGGUAGUUGAAAAAAAUGGAAGCAGUUAAACAUUUUAAUUUUUUAAAUAAAUGCAGUUUUAC